AUCCUAACAUGGACCAUGCUUGCUGGGAGAGACCAGAAGACAUGGAUACACCAAGAAGUGUGUUUAAAGUCGAUAAGAACAAUCCUGGUUCUGAUAUAGCCGGUGAAACCGCUGCUGCUCUAGCCGCUGCAUCGAUUGUUUUCCGGAAAUGUGACCCUUCUUACUCCAGUCUCCUCCUCCAUCGAGCCAUUAAGGUUUUUGGAUUUGCGGACAAAUACAGAGGACCCUACAGUGCAGGUCUGGCACCAGAAGUUUGUCCAUUCUACUGUUCUUACUCUGGAUAUCAG